ACGUCUUGGGUGGAGGGAGACGAGGUGGUGGGAGGGAAAGAGCUGAGGAGAAGUUUUAUCGGAGGCACUAGAUGAGGAAAACAGAAUAAGUGCAUGACGGCACUUCGCGGAGCCAACGGAGGUUUUUUUUCCAACCCGUUUUCCAUGCGAGCCUCUUUGGACAUGUACACAGAAGGCGGGCCGGCAACGAGACCCCGACGAUUUCUCCGGCCCGACGGCAUCGCCGGCCCGUGCCCCUGCCCGCACUGCGCCCGCUACGGUGGACCGGGAUACCGAGCAGCAUCCGGUCGACAGCCAGACCGCUCGCAUCCGGACGGCCGCGGGGACGCCCGGCCUCCUCCUCGGGUUCAGGACGGAGGGGGGAGGCCAUCCAGAGGUGCCCGUCGGAGCCCUCAGAGGCAGCCUGUGUUCCAGGGGCCCGGCCCUUGCGGCCACUCGGACGACUCGGCCCAACUCGGUCCCCCUCGGGAGUCGAACCCUGCCCAGCGGAGCCGCUCGUCCCAGCUCGGUGCGAGACGCUGCCCGUCUUUCAGGGAGCGCCGUGACUGCGUGACCGCAUGCAACCGCACCGGGGCGCACCCCUUUCACCUCCGGGCACCGCAGCCACUCCCUCAUCUGCGGGUCAACGGUCAACUGCACGGAUAUAGCAGGACCGCGCACUAUGAUGGAUUUGCGGACAGAGGAGAGGACGCCCUGGAAAAUGGCCGUUUGGGGCACUGCGCACCAAAGAGAAGAGAUACCCAUCAGGAAGCUGGUGUAUCAGCGGAGAACUGGAACGGACACCCUCACAAAGGUUUCUUCCCCACUGAAGUCCCACAAAAGCACUUCGCCCGGGACAAACCAAAUGAAAUUUGCAUCUGCGGCCCGGUUGCCGCCAGUCCGGAAGCGGCAGUCGCCAACCGGCACCAGGGCCGCGGUUCGUUUUUGGCAACGCGAGCAACGGAGCAGGAGUCGGUGAGGGAUCAGAUCCGACAAGUGGUGACGGAUCUGGAGGAUGUCUUGGGAGGUUUGAAGCAGAUUCACGUGGAGAUGAAAGAGGUCGUUGAUCAGAUUGAUCACCUCACAGCCAAUAUGGACCUCGGCGAGGAUCCACGCAACAUCGCUGGCGGGUCAACGGGCAACAUUCGCACCUCUGCUCACCGAGGAGAACUUGCGGUUUCGCCUCCGCGGAACGGCAAGCACGCCCAGGCGGAGUGGCCGAGGGGUUCCGACGAGGAGCGCGUCAUCCUGAGAACAAAUUCUCCAUCCCCCGUUCACAUGGCAUCUGUGGUCAAAACCCGCCGCUUCGCCUCGCCUGGUCACACCAAGGACCUUAACCACACAAACGGGCACCCGCCUCUGCCGUCCGACCGCAAAGCGGACAGCCCGGAGUCCCGUUCGCAAAACCUCACUCCUCGAGUCGUCAUUAGUAACAGCACAACCGCGCACUCGAGGACUCAAAAGCCUCCGCUGUACCCGCACGAUGGAUUUUGCGGCAAAGACUCGCACCCGUCGAGCAAAGCGGCAAGGACCCCCGCAUACGUCUGGAGAGGCCGCCAGAACAACGGCGCGGUGUGAAGAAGGGGAGAGAUGGUGGCAGCGGUGGUCUGCCCCAGCGCCAUGGGGGCUUGAAACAUGAUACCCUGCGGCAGCGAGCGGAGGUCAGCGCAAUUCCAAGCGGGGGAAACAACUCAUGUGUGCAUUAGUCAUGCCUGAAUGGGUAGCUGGCGGCAGCUCAGAUGGACUUUUUGGCACGAUAAGACCCCCGCGGCCUAUUGCCUGCAGUCAUGUGCACAACGGAGGCAUCGUCAUAUUUACAGGAUGAUCACAGCUCUGACUCAAGAUUGCCAUAAUUAACCGGUCUUCGACUUUUCUUCUUCACGCAGGAGAAGCUGUGGAGCGUGACCUCGGGCGGGAUAUUUCUGAGCAGAAAACCGUUGACGCUCUACGAUUUCAGUGGCGGAGCUGCCAAAUAAGUUGACGGAUAAACUGCAACCAAACAAGUGGAGAUGAGCCGCUUCCCGAGAGGAUACGCCCCCACGAGCAGAGAUAGUGACAAAAGCGUGUCAUGGCACGUCUGUCUUUUGUCAUUCAAGAAAUUAAAGCAUCCAUUUCCAUACAAAGUGUGAAGCGGACCAUGGACUGAGCGACUAUUCAAUCGGAAAAAACAGAAAAAUGACUUACACGGGCGACUGGGGGAAAAUAUUUGCGGCUUGGAAACACGUACACCGGGUCAAAAGUUUCCCUCAUUUUUUUUAAAUCACUGCUUUCGCAACUUAAGGUUGCCAUGAUCUUCCCGUUCACAGCCAUGUAGAAAUAUAUCAAUCAAAGUGAAUUGAGAUCAAUUAAAGGGGGUAUUUGAAGUUUUAAAACAGAUAGCAAGAUUUGAAUGUAGACCCACUUGACUCAUCUUUGCUCCCCCAGAAAUUUCUGACCAAAGCCACGGAUGUUUCAAAAUAUCCUGGAACCACACUGACCUCUUGUGGCUAAAAUCAGAAGGCAGCCAUCUUGCCUUGACUUCAGUUCUCUCUACAGCAGUAGGCGGCAUUACGCGCCGAGCUAAUUUUUAGAUGUCAAGAUCAGUUCUCAAUCAUGGCCGUUUAUGAACGCAUGCGCUUAAGAAAGUGCGUAAUUGUGAUAAGGAGUCGAGAUGACCAGCUUCAACAAAAUUGCAGCGGGAGCAAUGCUAAGCUACUAUUAGCACUGGAAACGAGCCGAUGUUAGCUACAGUUGCUGCGUUGGUAGAAUGACUUUUUUUGUAAUCGUGUUAUGAUAAAACUAAAUGUUCAAAUAUAUAUUUUCCUGGA